AUGGGUGAAACAGAGGAUGAGAGGAGCGCCCAGGCGGGGCAGCUCUUUGAGAACUUUGUCCAGGUGUCCACGUGUAAGGGCACUCUGCAGGCCUUUAGUAUCCUAUGCAGGCAGAUGGAUCUGGAUCCGCUGGACUACAGGAACUUCUACAGCAACCUCAAAGCCACGGUCACCAAUUGGAAGGCCAAUGCCCUCUGGACCAAACUGGACAAGAGAGCCGGCCACAAGGAGUACAAGAAAGCCAAAGCCUGUGAGGGCACUAGGGUAAGAAGUCAGACAAGCUAUCACAGUAAUCAAAUGCACAAGUCAGACUCACAACUUUGUGACAGAGGUUGGAAGUCGUUUUAGAUUUGAUACAAUAAAUGCAGCAUCUAGAUAUAAGGAACAAGCCUUAAAUGAACAAACCCCGUAUUUGCCAUUGGGCAGACCUCCCACAUUGGGAUUGAAUAGAUGAUAAUCUCCAUGUUAAUAUCCCAUAUCUGCAUAAAGACUGAUGAUUCAUAGCUGGUUGGUUUUGAUUUAGAACUUCCCUGGGUCGCAUUUUAUUUGGAUACUCCCAUAUAGAUGGGGGCGGCAGGUAGCUUAGUGGGUAAGAGCGUUGUGCCAGUAACCGAAAGGUCGCUGGUUCUAAUCCCAGAGCCGACUAGGUGAAAAAUCUGUCUGUGCCCUUGAGCAAGGCACUUAACCCUAAUUGCUCCUGUAAGUUGUUCUGGAUAAGAGCGUCUGCUAAAUGACUAAAAAUGUUUAAAAAAAUCUACAGAUGGUCAUACUAUCAACAAAGUAUCUGUUGAUAAGAAAAUGCUUGUUAACGUUAGGUUUAGAAUAAGGGUUAGUAGAUAGUUAGUUGAAAUGUUGUUGACAGUUACUGAACAUCUACUGAACCAAGGCCGGAUUACCAAACGGGCCCCCCAGAUAGCCUAUGAAUACAGGGGUUGGGCGCCCUGGAGGUAGGUGCCCCAGGGCCCCAAAUGUGGUAGUCCGGCCCUGUACUAAACAUCUACACACCAUCUACUUGGGAGUAUCCAAAUAAAGUGUUAUCCUUCUCUGUGUCAGAUGUAGGUAAGACUCUGGUCACCAUCUGAUGGAAUUGGCUACUUUUAUUAAAGGCACAGUGCAGUCAAAAAUAUAAUCAUAUCACAUGACUGGCAGUUUACAUCAUAGAUAUACAUUCAAGUUAAACCGUGAGCAGAGCCUGUGUUCUAUUUAAUUCUAUGGUUUUACAGUAUGUUAGAGUACUAUCUGUACAGUAAGUUCAUAACGCGACUUCUCUUUCAUGAUAAUGUGAUGACACAUGUGAAACAGACUGUUUGUGUGUAUCUCUUAUCGUGUUUCACUGUCUUGAGAUAUGAUAUCACUGCACACCCAGCUGGUAGAUGUUUGUGAGCAAUGUGGAGAAACGAACAGCUACGCUGCACACGUCCAUCGGAUCAUUUUAAACAAAGAUAGCAUGAUAAACCUCCUCAUUUUGUUGUGAUAGAUUUGGUGAUUUUACACUGUCAAAGAAUUGGAACAAAGAAUGCAGGCUGUUAAAAAAAAAAUCUGCCCAUUUAUGUCCACGUUUUCUAGCAUGUUUAGCAUGGGGACAAUUCCAUGUUAACAGAAUGAUGCUGAGACUUAGAUUUUUCACUUUUUAAAAUGAAUGCUAAACCACAACUCUUGAGUUGACAUGUUGUUCCCCAUUCAGUUCCCCUUACGAGGCCUUGUUUUACCCUUUACUCUUUUAUGCUGUAUACCAGAGGUUGCAAUACAAUAGAACUUACAGUACCAGUCAAAAGUUUGGACACACCUACUCAUUCAAGGGUUUUUCUUUAUUUUACUAUUUUCUACAUUGUAGAAUAAUAGUGAAGACAUCAAAACUAUGAAAUAACACAUGGAAUCAUGUAGUAACCAAAAAAGUAUUAAACAAAUCUAAAUAUAUUUGAGAUUCUUCAAAGUAGCCACCCUUUGCCUUGAUGACAGCUUUACACACUCUUGGUAUUCUCUCAACCAGCUUCACCUGGAAUGCUUUUCCAACAGUCUUGAAGGAGUUCCCACAUAUGAUGAGUACUUGUUGGCUGCUUUUCCUUCAUUCUGCGGUCCAACUCAUCCCAAAACAUCUCAAUUGGGUUGAGGUCGGGUGAUUGUGGAGGCCAGGUCAUCUGAUGCAUUACUCCAUCACUCUCCUUGGUCAAAUAGCCCUUACACAGCCUGGAGGUGUGUUUUGGGUCAUUGUCCUGUUGAAAAACACAUGAUAGUCCCACUAAGCGCAAACCAGAAGGGAUGGCGUAUCGCUGCAGAAUGCUGUGAAUUCUAAAUAAACCACUGACAGUGUCACCAGCAAAGCACCCCCACACCAUCACAACUCCUCCUCCAUGCUUCACGUGGGAACCACACAUGCAAAGAUCAUCCGUUCACCUACUCUGCGUCUCACAAAGACACGGCGGUUGGAACUCAUCAGACCAAAGGACAGAUUUCCACUGGUCUAAUGUCCAUUGCUCGUGUUUCUUGGCCCAAGCAAGUCUCUUCUUCUUAUUGGUGUCCUUUAGUAGUGGUUUCUUUGCAGCAAUUCGACCAUGAAGGUCUGAUUCACGCAGUCUCCACUGAACAGUUGAUGUUGAGAUGUCUGUUACUUGAACUCUGUGAAGCAUUUAUUUGGGCUGUAAUCUGAGGUGCAGUUAACUCUAAUGAACUUAUCUUCUGCAGCAGAGGUAACUCUGGGUCUUCCUUUCCUCAUCAUAGCGCUUGAUGGUUUUUGCGACUGCACUUGAGAAACGUUCAAAGUUCUUGGAAUGUUCCGGAUUGAUUGACCUUCAUGUCUUAAAGUAAUGAUGGACUGUCGUUUCUCUUUGCAUAUUUGAGCUGUUCUUGCCAUAAUAUGGACUUGGUCUUUUACCAAAUAGGGCUAUCUUCUGUAUACCACCCCUACCUUGUCACAACACAACUGAUUUGCUGAAACGCAUUAAGAAGGAAAGAAAUUCCACAAAUUAACUUUUAACAAGGCACACCUGUUAAUUGAAAUGCAUUCCAGAUGACUACCUCAUGAAGCUGCUUGAGAGAAUGCCACGAGUGUGCAAAGCUGUCAUCAAGGCAAAGGGUGGCUACUUUGAAGAAUCUCAAAUAUAAAAUAUAUUCUGUUUUGUUUAACACUUUUUGGGUUACUACAUGAUUCCAUAUGUGUUAUUUCAUAGUUUUGAUGUCUUCACUAUUAUUCUAUAAUGUCGAAAAUAGUAAAAAUUAAAGAAAUAAAAACCCUUGAAUGAGUAUGUGUGUCCAAACCUUUGACUGGUACUGUAUGUCGAAGAGGUGAACGCUUUCGAUGUAGCUAAUCACAUUUUCUGUAAUCACACUUCAUUUAACCUUUGCAACAGUUUGUUUACCUUGGUUGUGUUUUAAUUACAGUUUGUAUUGUACACUGAUGAUGUCUCUCUCUUCCUCCCCCCCGCCCCCACACAGUCUUUGAUCAUUGGAGGAGGGCCCUGUGGCUUGCGCACAGCCAUCGAGCUGGCUCUGCUGGGGGCCAAGGUGGUGGUGAUUGAGAAGAGGGACACCUUCUCCAGAAACAACGUGCUCCACCUGUGGCCCUACACCAUCCAUGACCUCAGGGGCCUCGGGGCCAAAAAGUUCUAUGGCAAAUUCUGUGCCGGAGCCAUAGACCACAUCAGUAAGUUUCAUUCUUAUCUCAAUGUGAAGUAUGUUAAGUAAUAUUAUUCUUCCUUGUUUUGGUGUUCUGUUGGGGAAAACAGACUAAGGUUUUUUUCAGAUGCUAACAGUUUUUAUCAGAUGGUAAUGUUGUUACAUGAUCUGUCCCUCCAUGUUCUUCUUCUUUCAAUAUAUAUCCGGGUUGCUCUGCCGAGAAAUCUGAUGAUUGUGUGUGUGUGUGUGAGAGAGUGUUAUACAUCUCCCUGCGACUUCCUUGCCUUAGAUAACAUGCAAAGUGGAGGAGCCCAUAGAUGCAAAAAAAACCACUGCUGCCACAUAAAGUGACCUUAUGGUGUCCUCUAUCAGGGUCAUAAAUACUCACUGAAAUGGACGCUGCUUCUCAGGUUAACUUAUGAAGUUGAAAACAGAUUUACCAGCUGCUAGCUAGCUACUUCUAUACCUCAGAAUGGAAUCAGUCAUGUGGCAGUUCAUUAACCAUGUGUCUCUAAGCCUAGCAAGGCCACAGGUUAUUGGAGACUGUGUGUAGAUGGAUAUGUGUUGUUAAAGCCCUCAUGCAGUCUUUUUUUUAAUGAUCUUAACAAAUCACUGUUUAUUUCAUGAAAAAAGCUCCAAAAAUAUGAUUCAUCAUUUAUUUCCCUGAGCCUCCUUUUGCCAUUGAAAUGCUCAGUCUGAUCGUGUGGGCGUGUCGAUACAAAUUGAAAUAUAUUUACAUACAAGGCCCUGAUUGGCGGAUAGGAUCAUCUAGACUCUGGAGCCUACUCCUCUUACCCCUUCACAGUAGGAGGAUACAUAUGAAAAUAAAAGAUGAUGGUGAUCAGAAUAAUCAGAUCAGAUUGUUCUAUCAUGAUCUGGGCCAAAAACUCCAUCCCACCUGAAUAGGCUGAAAUUCCAAUAAUUCUUUUCAUUACGCUCUUACACAAAAAGGCCUUAAUCAUAGUUUUCAUAGUGUGAAAAUACUGUAUCAGGAAAAGCACUUUUUUAACUGCACUGCCACUUUUUAAAUAAACCUGAUCUGUUUGUCUAUGAAGGUAUUCGACAGCUCCAGCUCAUGCUGUUGAAGGUCUCCCUCAUCCUGGGAGUGGAGGUCCAUGUCAACGUGGAGUUUGUCAAACUGCUGGAACCUCCGGACAAGCAGGAGAAUGAAGGUUACUUUCUUUCUUUUUUUGUCUGAAAAUACAGCUUUUCCCACCUUUGGACAGGAACCGGUCAUGUUUUUAAUCUUUCUGUCCACUUUUGACUCCAACACAGUGACACAGUGGUAUCAGGUCCAGCUUCAGUCUGUGAAAGGAAGUUUCAGAACUUCAAACCUCCAUUAGGGCUUGCACAAUUACCGUAUAAUCAUGUAACAGACGAUUAUGGAUGAAGAACGUCAUGACACCAUUUGGGCUGUGGAGUCUGUUUCCGGGGUAAAAUGGAUACUGUACAAUGUGAUGAAACUGUGUUGCUCUUUGCUGAAACAAGCAAGGUGUAGCAAACAGGAACCGGUCAUGCCCCCCUCCCUGCAGCAGCAGCGCAUUAUUAAUUUUUUGCAUAAUUCUUUCGCUAUUCAAAUGAUUAGCGGUGACCGCGGCCAUUUGGCUGAACAACAACCGUCAUCCAUGACCGUCACAGCCCUAGCCUCCAUGCCAUGUUAACAUGUCCAUGGCAAUCAUCACUAAACAGCUGUGUUUACAACAAACAAUUUAUUUCUGUUUAUUUUACUGUUAUUUCAUGCUUGCAUAUUUGUCAUAAAUCUGCUUUAUAUAUUGUUGUUCUGCGAAUGAUUUGGACUAUUGCAAGGCUCCACAACCCUUUCUCUGCCUCAAAAUGACAUCACACGCCACAGACUGAUUGGCUAGGUCUCAAUCUUGUGUUCUUUAUUAGAAACACGUGCCCCAUAAUACCAUUUACAUGUAGAGGCUGCCUCUAGAGCUGCAGUGAAGCGCAUGUGCUUUGUAGAUCAAUGUUGCUUGCCUAAUUUUAGUUGAUGCCAAAAACAAGCCCAUUGUAUAUUUAUGAAGCUGCAUUUCAAAGUCCCUCAGAGUCCCUAAGCUUCACCAACUGUCCCAUUUUGAUUUGAACAUUGGAUUUGAACAAGCGUCCUGUUUUUCUCCUAGUUAUUUCUUCAGUAGCAUGUGGUGGCAGACUUGUCACUAGAUAAAUAUAGAAGACUUGCUUGGGUUUGCAGAAGACGGAGAUGGAAGACUAGCCUAAAUGUAGGGUUGCAAUGUUUCCUUCUCUGCAGCAGUGACCGUGUUCUUCAGGGGGUACCUCAGGAGAAUGUGCUGUGGGCCUGGCGUGUUUCUGUAAGACUGUGUGGCAUGAGUGUUGAGCUGAAAUGGAGAGGGUCACUGUUUCGCUCUGCAUCAUUGCCACUCACCACGCUGCAUUGUGAAAGAUUACAAACCCUCAGCAAGACUCCAGCUAUUUAUAGAGUUGCAGACAACUUAGCUAUGUAUUAUGUAUUUAACCAUGCCCUCACAUUAAUCUAAAAGCACGAUGUAGUGACUUGUCAUCAAUAACAAACUCCGAUGCAAUCUUAACAGUCAUGGAAAAUAGAAAAUGUUUACAAUAUAUUGCUUUAUUCAUAUGGCUUGCCGCUGUCUCGGAACACUUGUCUAAUACUGUAUCUUCUCCUUUUCCCAGGGCCUGGAUGGAGAGCUGAGAUCAGACCAUCAAACCACCCCCUCACUGACUUUGAAUUUGACGUGGUGAUUGGUGCGGAUGGACGCAGAAACACGCUAGACGGUGAGAACACAUGAUGGAGAUGUUAUUGGCUCUACACAGUGUUUGACUGUUUAAACAUUGACAGGAGGCUGGAAGACCCUUGGUGCAUGGUUAAAAGUUGCACACCUGAACAUUUUAAACUAAAAAAGGGGCAAACUACAGAGUUUCAGUCAUAGCCAUAAAAUACUAGACAGGGAAAGUCCAAUAGAAAUGCACACAUUCUGAAAUGGCAUUUUUGUCCCCCCCCCCCCCAGUUGUAUUAUUGGAAUGUGAUACAAAACGAGGCAGAUGUGUGCUUUAGGACCAUGCGGACACCUCCGAGCGGUCGGGUAGGCUGCUUGGAGUGUUUAUCCGACUGGAUUAAAAAAAUAUAUAUAUAUAAUUAUGUCCCCCCACUUCUAAAACCAAAGUUGCGCCCCUGGUAGUGACUACUACUCUUCAUCUGCAGUUAACUCUAGUUAGCACUGGCAACAUUUGAACCGUAUCAGAGCACUUUGCCCAGAGGUCUACCUGGGAGCCUGAGAAGAUGAACAGCUUGUAUACAGACUGACCCUGGUCAUGUGACGGGUGAAAGUCAAUUACAGUAUUGGCAUCAGUCUUGAGCGUAGUCUGACUCUGCACCUAAAAAGGAAAGAAAAUGGGUUAAUCAUCACCCAGACAAGAUUAUUACUCAAAGUUCAAAGGUAGUAUUUUGUAAUGCUCUGGUUUGUUUAGUUUUUUUUGCAUAAUCUGAACCUUAUCAUCAGUCUGUUUAUUACAUGGUGAUAUAAGAAUAAUACAAUCAAAGUAUUACUCUAUGUAAUAAAUCAGUCUGAUCCAGUUUAAUACAAUAUAAAAUGAUUAACAUCCAAAACGUUAAGUGUCCUUAGCAGAACAAUAACAAUACUUCCCCUCAGGUUUCAAGAGGAAGGAGUUCCGGGGUAAGCUGGCCAUCGCCAUCACAGCCAACUUUGUCAACAGGAACACCACGGCCGAGGCCAAGGUGGAAGAGAUCAGCGGAGUGGCCUUCAUCUUCAACCAGAAGUUCUUCCUGGAGCUCAAAGAGGAGACAGGUGGGUCCUCUACCAAACCUGACCCCCCUUGCCUGGUCCCAGAUCUGUUUGUACUGUCUUGCCAAUGACCAUAGGAGUUGUCAAGACGGCACAAACAAAUCUGCGACCAGGCUAAUUUACCUCUAGAAUUCUGAUUCCCUAGGUGUCGUCAUCAUCACAUCAGUCCAGUGGGAACCAAAAUAAAAUGUUUUAAUCAAUGAAACCAGUGUGGCUCCUACAAAAAAGGGAGUGUUGUGUUUACAAUUAAGUACCAGCCUGUCAGGUAGAUAAGAUGUGCUUUGCCAUGCUAACACACCAUGGAGGAUCCUGUGCUGCUGAUUCUCCCAGCCUGCUUGGCUUUGUGAGGACAGUUAGCUCAGCAGUGAAGACAGGCUGGAAUCCCUUCCCCCUCCAAUCCCCUCUUAAUUAAAGGGCUGUGCCCCAUCACUCACAUGGAUCAGAAGAUACACACUGUAUGUGGAGCAUGAUCCACUGGCCUAAUCCCUACUGUACGGUUGGGGUCAACUAAUACAACCUGGUCAACAUGAUGACGGACAUAAAGGUGUUAAUGAAUCUGUUGUCUUGUUAUUGCAGGGAUUGAUCUGGAGAACAUUGUGUACUACAGAGACAACACACACUACUUUGUGAUGACCGCAAAGAAGCAGAGUCUGCUGGACAAGGGGGUCAUCAUUCAUGUGAGUGGUGUUUGUUUUGCUCCUUUGUGUUCACUUUCCCCAUAUGUCAUUCCCCCACUCUUCCACUCCCCAACAGUUCAGAUAUUUACAGCUGUGCCCUAUAUGUCAGAGGGUGCUAAAUCUCAGCCCUGGCUUUGAAAUGGGAAUGAAAGCACAGAACAAGAUACAUUGGAUUGGAGUGAGAGAGAAAAAAGUGUUGCUGUGUGAGAAGGAAUCUGGCCCCUCUGUCUGUCUGGUCUCUGAAGGCUUGUUUUCAUUUAAUUUCUCCCUCAGUGAAGACUGACUCCUCAUCCUUCCUGCUCUGAAUGUGACCUCUGUGUGUAGUCUUUAAGCUCUCAUUAUAGCACUACUGCCUUGACUGGUUCAAAUUCCUACAAUUAAAAUAUGUAUGAUUUCAUGUGAGAGCUCUGAUCCGUAACUAUAGUGUAGUAGACUUGUAAUCCCUGUAAUUGCUUGCUACCGGAGGUGAAACUUGUCCCUUUGAUGUUUCAGCAACUGCUUAAAUAAACUGACUUGUACUGCAUAGUGUUUCAAAUCCUGCUUACGUAUUCAGAAAUGUUGAACAAAACGGUCUACGGCAACUGUAAAGUCUUUAGGGCCGGUUGCCAUCACCUCAGUCUGAUCUCCACAGAAUCAAGAGGGAUCACAUGCAAUAGGUAGGUAGGGCCAUGAUGUUUUCCUGACCAUGUGACCUGACCAGGAAAAUCUUAUGCCCCAGUUAUAGGCUCCAACUAGGGCCUGGUAGAGGUGGCGCUCUGAUCCUUUUGGAGCAAUACCAUUGAUUUUCCAUCAACCCUCCCUGUUUCUUGGUCCUGCAGGAUUACAUUGAAACAGAGAAGCUGCUGGACCAAGACAACGUGAACCAGGAGGCUCUUCUCUCCUAUGCCCGCGAGGCGGCCGACUUUGGCACCAACUACCAGCUGCCCUCUCUGGACUACGCCAUCAACCACUGCAGCCAGCCCGACGUGGCCAUGUUCGACUUCACCUGCAUGUACGCCUCGGAGAACGCAGCGCUGUUCAGGGAGAAGUGCGGACACCAGCUACUGGUGUCUCUGGUGGGGGACAGUCUACUGGAGGUGAGGGGGCUUUACGUCAUACUAGAUGUUUUACUGUUGUGGGUGAUAUGUAUACACAUUAGGUCGCGCCAUAGCAAAAUGGAGCAAAUAAUUUUGCAGCAGAAACCAAAGACAUGCAUUUCUCAUUGGACAACUUCAGGUUUUUCCUCCCUGUUUGGUCCGUUUUCAUUCGUUUGGUGCGCCGGUAUAGAUCACUGUUCAUUUAAUUUCUCGCUCUAGUGCUAGUCAAUUCUCAAAGCUUUGUCUUAAUGCCUCUCUGAAGUCACAGGAGCCAACAGUAAAUGUGGUAUAUGUACAGUAAAAGCACAUCCUUACACACGUUUCAACUUGCUCCUUUUGUGUAGGGAUUGUUUGCCUUUGGGAUGGUUACAGUAUUUUAUUGGGAUCCCCAUACUACAUCAUCUCCUGCCUCACACUUCAGAAACACGAGAUGGCUCCUGCCCUAUGAGCCGUUCAGGCCACCCACCUACAUAAUACAAUACAUAAUACAGGGCAAAUUACAAUACAAGAUAUAUAAAAUGGCUGUGUCUCUUCACAGUCCCCUUUGUGCAGUAAGGUGUUCUUUUAUCUGGUUUUUAAUCUAUUUAAUACUGUGCUUUUCCCAGCCUCUGUUCUGGACCUGGGGACUAUGAAGAGACCUCUGAUUGCAUGUCUUGUGUUGUACCGAUGAGUGUCACCCAGUUUGGUACCUUCAACACCUCGCACAAAGACCAAUUGUGAUGCAGUCAAUCUCUCCUCAACUUUGAGCCAGGAGAGAAUGACAUACAUGUAACUGACAUUUGCCCCCCCCAUGUACAUCUAAAUGCAGUACGUGCCGUUUGUUCUGGACCAACUGCAAUUGACCUAUGUCCCUCUUUGCCGCACAUGACCACACAACUGGGCAGUAGUCCAGGUGCAACAAAACUAGUGCCUGUAGGACCUGUCUGGUCGUCUGAGAUGUCAAGAAAGCAGAGCAACGCCUUAACAUUGACAGACCUCUUCCCAUUUUAGCAACCAUUGAGUCUAUAUGUUUUGACCAUGACAGCUUGCUAUCUAGGGUUACACCCAGCCAUUUAGUCUCCUCAACUUGCUCAAUCGCCCAUUAUUCAAUAAUGGAUCUAAAUUAGGUUUAGCAUUGAGCGAGUGAUUUGUCCCAAAAAAAAUGCUUUUAGUUUUUUUUUAAAAAUAUUUAGCACCAGCCUAUUGCUAGUUACCCAUUCUAAAACUGACUGGAGCUCUAUGUUAAGGGUGUUAGUUAUUUAUUUUACUGUCGUAGCUGACGUGUAUACUUUUGAGUCGUCAGCGUACAUAGACACACAGGCUUUAUUCAAGGUCAGUGGAAGGUCAUUAGAGAAAACAUUAAAACAAUAAUGGCCCAAGCUGGCUGCCCUGCAGUAAACCACACUUAACUGAAUUUGCAUCACAGAGGCGUCCAUUGAAGAAAACCCUCUGUGUUCUAUUAGAUCGGUAACUCUCAAUCCAUGAUAAGGCAGAGGAUGCAAAUCCAUAACACAAGUUUUCAGCAAUACGUUAUGAUCAAUGAUAUCAAAAGCUGCACUGACGUCUAACAAAACAGCUCCUACAAUAUUCUUACUUUCAAUUUCUUUUAGCCAAUCAUCAAUCAUUUGUGUCAGUGCCGAGCAUGUUGAGUGCCCUUCCCUUUAAGCAUGCUGAAAGUCUGUUGUAAAAAUUGUUUCUGUAAAAUAACUUUCUAUUUGGUCAAACACCAUUUUUUUCCAAAAGUUUGCUAAGCCCUGGUAACAGGAUGAUUGGUCGGCUGUUUGAACCAUUACAGGGUGCUCUGCUAUUCUUGGGCAGCGGAAUGACCUUUGCCUCCCUCCAGGUCUGCGGGCACACACCGUCUUCUAGGCUUAAAUUGAAGCUGUGGCAAACCGGAGUCGCAAUGUAUUCCGCUACCAACCUCAGCAAUUUACUAUCCAGGUUGUCAGUACCAGGUGGCUUGUACUUAUUUAUAGAUAGCAAAAACAAAAUCGCCUCAUCUUACUGUAGAUCAAAUUAUCAUGUUUUUCCCACACAUAUUCCCUUUAGGCAGUUUGAGAACAUUCCUAGCUUGCUUGUUGUCGCUGAACUAUUAGUGUGUCUCCUGCUUUGUAUGAGCGUACUGUGUGUAGUGUGUUGACCAAUGUACUCUCUGUCUUCAGCCCUUCUGGCCCAUGGGGACAGGCUGUGCUAGAGGGUUCCUGGCUGCCUUUGACACGGUGUGGAUGGUGAGGGGCUGGGCGCAGGGCAAGACCCAUCUGGAGAUACUGGCAGAAAGGUACAGUAGGCUGGGGAUCGGGGCCUCACUGAGCUCAUGUUUACAUCCAUACAUGGGGCGGCGCACAAUUGGCCCAGCGUCGUCCAGGGUAGGGGAGGGAAUGGCCGGCAGGGAUGUAUCUCAGUUGGUAGAGCAUGGCAUUUGCAAUGCCAGGGUUGUGGGUUAGAUUCCCACGGGGGGCCAGUAUGAAAAAAUAAAAUAAAAAUGUAUUCACUAACUGUAAGUCGCUCUGGAUAAGAGCGUCUGCUAAAUGACUAAAAUGUAAAUGUACACAGACCUACUGUAAAUGGGAUGAGCUUCUAUUGACAUUUUUCUUAAUCCAGGUUAGGAGAGACCGGUUCCAGUCACUUUGAAAAAAUAGCUGUCAGGUGUCUACAUUCAAAUUCUGAUUAGAUCCAUGUUGCUACAUGUUAGCAAAUGUUUGGUUAUCCUAUUAGUGGAAGUUAUGGUGAUUUUGUGUUUACUGUCCCACAGUAUGACAGGUCAUCUGUUGUUCAGCUUUUAACAGAAAAUGAAUGUUUUCAUUUCAUGACAUGUUUGUAGGGAGGGCCUCUACAGGCUAUUACCCCAAACAACGACAGAGAACAUCUCAAAGAACUUUGAUCAGUACACCAUAGACCCGGUAACACGGUACCCCAACCUCAACUCCAGCUGUGUCAAGCCACAUCAG